CGCUCUCUCUCUCUCUCUCACCCUCCCUCCCUCCCUCCCUCCCUCCCAAAUCCGUGUCUCUUCGCGUGUCGGUGUUUCUCUGCCUCGAACCGGGAGAAAAGAGUUGAAAGCCGCGGCUCGCGUCCUGCAGUCUCGCUCUGACUCCUCCGGGCCGGACACAAACUGAAACCACAAUAAAACACCGACACAAAAGAUGAGUUCAUAUUUCGUCAACUCGCUCUUCUCCAAAUACAAAAGCGGGGACUCGCUACGCCCCAACUACUAUGAGUGCGGCUUCGCGCAGGACCUGGCCGGCAGCCGGCCCACCGUGGUGUACGGCCCGGGCUCCGGCGCCACCUUCCAGCACGCCCCGCAGAUCCAGGACUUCUACCACCACAGCGCCUCCACGCUGCCCAGCAACCCGUACCAGCAGAGCCCCUGCGCGGUCACAUGCCACGGCGAACCGGGCAACUUCUACGGAUACGACGCCCUGCAGCGGCAGACGCUUUUCGGCGCACAGGACGCGGACCUGGUCCAGUACAGCGAUUGUAAACUGGGGAGCGCGCCGGGGCUCAGCGGCGAGGACGCGGACGGGACCGAGCAGAGCCCCUCGCCGACGCAGCUCUUUCCCUGGAUGAGGCCGCAAGCAGCAGGCAGGAGGCGGGGCCGGCAGACCUACAGCCGCUACCAGACCCUGGAGCUGGAGAAGGAGUUCCUCUUCAACCCCUACCUGACCCGAAAGCGCCGCAUCGAGGUGUCGCACGCACUCGCGCUGACUGAGCGGCAGGUGAAGAUCUGGUUCCAGAACCGGCGGAUGAAGUGGAAGAAGGAGAACAACAAGGACAAGUUCCCCAGCAGCAAGAGCGAGCAGGAGGCCGUGGAGAGGGAGCGGCGGGAGAAGGAGCUGCGGGACGGCGGGGCCAGCGAAAGCGGCGAAGCAGGCGGUGGUGGUGGUGGUGGGGAGGGAGGAGGGUCGGUGUCGGUGGCGGUGGCGGUGGCAGUGGCGGGCACUGGGGGUCACAGGCCUCCGUGA